CCCGCAGGAGGGGAGCGGGGAAGGGCAGGCAGCCCGGGGUGGCUCAUGCCAGAGGGGGGCGAGGAGAGGGCUCGGUGGGCAAAGGCGAGGAAUAAGGACAGUUUCGACACAGCAGUAAUUGGGCAGCCAGCCGCACCGGGGUGCAGAGCAGCGGAUCCCAGGAAGAGCAGGGAGCCUCCAGGAAUACAGAUCAGGAGCUGGGCACUUGCUGUGGAUGUUAAUGCAUCGGGGGGCCGGGCGGAUCGCCUCUCCCUAACUCCGAGGAGGCGCGGGGGGGGGGAGGCUGUCCGCCCCCCAAGGAGACGGACAGGAGCGGACCUUGAGGUUUGAACCAUGUGAAGAACCUCGCCAGGGCAAGGGACACAUACAGGGAGCUUGGAAGUUCACCCUCCCCUUUCUCUUCUCCUCUGCCCCAGGAUGGAUCAGAGGAAGAACUGGCCUCGGAUGCUGGACUCCGAUGGCUGGUCAGCAGCUGUGGUUUUUCUCUUUUUGGUCUCACUUUCCCGGAACGCAGCCAGUACUGCCCUGUUCAACACCUUCCACUCAGAGAACCGCGACUGGACUUUCAACCACCUGACCGUCCAUCAGGGCACCGGGGCAGUCUACAUUGGAGCCAUCAACCGGGUUUACAAGCUCUCAGGUAACUUGACCAUCCUGGUGGCUCACAAGACCGGCCCGGAGGAGGACAACAAGUCCUGCUACCCGCCCCUCAUUGUCCAGCCUUGCAGUGAGAUCCUCACCCUCACCAACAACGUUAACAAGCUGUUGAUCAUUGACUACUCAGAGAACCGGCUGCUGGCCUGCGGGAGCCUCUACCAGGGCGUCUGUAAGCUGCUGCGGCUGGACGACCUCUUUAUCCUGGUGGAGCCAUCCCACAAGAAGGAGCACUACCUCUCUAGCGUCAACAAGACAGGCACCAUGUAUGGGGUGAUCGUGCGCUCCGACGGCGAGGACGGCAAGCUCUUCAUCGGCACUGCAGUGGAUGGCAAGCAGGAUUACUUCCCCACCCUCUCUAGCCGCAAGCUGCCGCGGGACCCGGAGUCAUCAGCCAUGUUGGAUUACGAGCUCCACAGCGACUUUGUCUCAUCGCUCAUCAAGAUCCCCUCGGACACGCUGGCCCUGGUCUCACACUUCGACAUCUUCUAUAUCUACGGGUUCGCCAGCAGCAAUUUUGUCUACUUCCUGACGGUGCAACCGGAGACCCCCGAGGGAGUCUCCAUCAACUCGGCCAAUGACCUUUUCUACACGUCCCGCAUCGUCCGCCUCUGUAAGAAUGACCCCAAGUUUCACUCCUACGUCUCGCUGCCCUUUGGCUGCAUCAAGGGGGAUGUGGAGUACCGCCUCCUGCAAGCGGCUUAUCUCUCCAAGCCAGGGGACGUGCUGGCCAAUGCCCUCAACAUCACAGCCCAGGAUGACAUUCUUUUUGCCAUCUUCUCCAAGGGGCAGAAGCAGUAUCACCAGCCUCCUGAUGACUCGGCUCUUUGUGUUUUCCCCAUCCGCACCAUCAACAGCCAGAUCAAGGAGCGCCUGCAAUCCUGUUACCAGGGGGAAGGCAACUUGGAGCUCAACUGGCUCCUGGGGAAGGAUGUCCAGUGCACCAAAGCACCAGUCCCGAUAGACGACAACUUUUGCGGGCUGGACAUUAACCAGCCACUGGGAGGCUCCACACCCGUGGAGGGGGUGACCCUCUUCACCGCCAGCCGUGACCGGAUGACCUCGGUCGCUUCGUACGUCUACAACGGCUACAGCGUGGUGUUCGUGGGGACCAAGAGUGGCAAGCUGAAGAAGAUCCGAGCAGAUGGCCCCCCCCAUGGUGGAAUUCAAUAUGAAAUGGUCUCAGUUUUCAAGGACGGGAGCCCUAUCCUUCGAGACAUGGCCUUCUCCACCGACCAGAAGUAUCUAUAUGUCAUGUCGGAAAGACAGGUGUCCAGGGUUCCUGUUGAAUCCUGUGAGCAAUACACCACCUGUGGGGAAUGUCUGAGCUCAGGGGACCCUCACUGUGGCUGGUGCACUCUUCACCACAUGUGCUCCCGGAAGGACAAGUGCGAGCGAGCAGAUGAGCCGUACCGAUUUGCAGCCAGCAUCAACCAGUGCAUGAGUGUCACUGUGCAGCCCAGCAGCAUCUCUGUGUCUGAGCACAGCCUUCCGCUCAGCCUGCUGGUGAGCGAUGCUCCAGACCUGUCAGCUGGAAUCACCUGUUUGUUUGGAAACCUCACUGAGGUGGAAGGCCAAGUUUCCGGCAGCCAGGUUGUCUGCGUUUCACCGGCCCCUAAAGAUGUCCCCGCCAUUCCUGUGGACCAAGACUGGUUCGGGUUGGAGCUCCAGCUGAAAUCCAAGGAGACAGGCAAGAUGUUCGUCAGCACGGAGUUCAAAUUCUACAACUGCAGUGCUCACCAAUUGUGCCUGUCUUGCGUGAACAGCGCUUUCCGCUGCCAUUGGUGCAAAUAUCGGAACCUUUGCACUCAUGACCCCACAACUUGCUCAUUUCAGGAAGGACGGAUCAAUAUUUCUGAGGACUGUCCACAGCUGUUUCCCACAGAAGAGAUUCUGAUCCCAGUAGGGGAGGUGAAGCCCAUCACACUGAAAGCCAGAAACCUGCCCCAGCCCCAGUCUGGCCAGCGUGGGUAUGAAUGUGUCCUCAACAUUCAAGGAGUUAUUCAUCGUGUGCCAGCUCUGCGCUUCAACAGCUCCAGCGUCCAAUGCCAGAACAGUUCGUAUCUCUAUGACGGGAUGGACAUAAGCAACUUAGCAGUGGAUUUUGCUGUGGUUUGGAAUGGAAACUUCAUUAUUGACAACCCAGAGGAUUUGAAAGUUCACCUGUACAAAUGCGCCGCCCAGCGGGAGAGCUGCGGCCUGUGCCUGAAAGCAGAUCAGAAGUUCGAAUGCGGCUGGUGCAGCGGAGAGGCCAAGUGCACGCUCCGGCAGCACUGCAGUUCCCCCAUUCACCCUUGGCUCGACUGGUCCAGCAGGAACGUCAAGUGCUCCAAUCCCCGCAUCACCGAGAUCCUGACAGUGUCAGGGCCCCCAGAAGGAGGGACGCGGGUGACGAUCCAUGGCGUGAACCUGGGGCUGGAUUUUUCCGAGAUUGCCCACAACGUGCAGGUGGCGGGGGUGCAGUGCACUCCCCUGCAGGAGCAGUACGUCAUCGCGGAGCAAAUUGUGUGUGAGAUGGGGCAGGCACUCCCAGGGAUCAGUUCCGGUCCAGUGCGCCUCUGCAUCGGAGAGUGCAAACCUGAGUUCAUGGCCACAUCCUCACAACAGUACAUGUUUGUGGAGCCAGCGGUGAGCUCCCUGAGCCCUAGCCGUGGCCCAGAGUCUGGAGGGACCAUGAUGACCAUCAGUGGCCACUACCUGGGUGCCGGCAGCAGCGUGUCUGUGUUCCUGGGAAACCAGACCUGCGAAUUCUAUGGGAGGUCCAUGAAUGAGAUUGUGUGUGUCUCUGCUCCGUCAGCACAUGGCUUGGGCCCCAUCCAUGUCUCUGUCAGUGUGGACCGGGCGCAGUUAGAGAGCACUCUGGAAUUUGAAUACAUUGAUGACCCCAGAGUACAGCGCAUCGAACCUGAGUGGAGCAUAGCCAGCGGACACACGCCUCUGACAGUCACGGGGUCCAACCUGGAUGUGAUUCAGGAGCCAAGGAUCCGUGUGAAGUACAAUGGCAAGGAGUCUGUCAAUGUCUGUAAGAUUGUGAACACAACUACCCUGACUUGCUUAGCUCCACCCCUCACUCUUGAGUACCGACCUGGCUUGGAUGCUGUCGAGCGACCGGACGAAUUUGGCUUUGUCUUUAACAACGUGCAAUCCCUGCUGAUCUAUAAUGACACUAAGUUUAUUUACUACCCAAACCCAACAUUUGAGCUUCUGAGCCCUACUGGGGUUUUGGAUCAGAAGCCGGGAUCGCCCAUCAUCCUCAAGGGCAAAAAUCUGUGCCCACCAGCUUCCGGAGGAGCAAAGCUAAACUACACUGUCCUGAUUGGAGAUACCCCCUGUGCUGUCACUGUGUCUGAGACCCAACUGCUGUGUGAGCCCCCCAACCUCACCGGGCAGCACAAAGUUAUGGUGCACGUGGGCGGCAUCGUCUUCUCCCCUGGCUCGGUGAAUGUGAUCUCGGACAGCCUGCUGACCUUGCCCGCCAUCGUCAGCAUUGCGGCGGGAGGCAGCCUGCUUCUCAUCAUUGUCAUCAUCGUCCUCAUCGCUUACAAGCGCAAGUCCCGGGAGAACGACCUCACCCUCAAGAGGCUCCAGAUGCAGAUGGACAACCUGGAGUCUCGGGUGGCCCUGGAAUGCAAGGAGGCUUUUGCGGAGCUGCAGACAGACAUCAAUGAAUUAACCAGUGACCUGGAUCGCUCUGGGAUCCCAUACCUUGAUUAUCGGACAUAUGCCAUGAGGGUCCUUUUCCCUGGCAUUGAGGACCACCCCGUCCUGCGUGAGCUGGAGGUCCAAGGGAACGGGCAGCAGAAUGUGGAGAAGGCCUUGAAGCUCUUUGCCCAGCUAAUCAACAACAAGGUGUUUCUGCUGACAUUCAUCCGGACCCUGGAGCUGCAGCGUAGCUUCUCCAUGCGUGACCGUGGCAAUGUGGCUUCCCUUAUCAUGACAGGCCUGCAGGGAAAACUGGAAUACGCAACUGACGUGCUGAAGCAGCUGCUCUCAGACCUGAUUGAGAAGAACCUGGAGAAUAAGAAUCACCCCAAACUGCUCCUGCGCAGGACCGAGUCUGUGGCUGAGAAGAUGUUGACUAACUGGUUUGCCUUCCUCCUCCAUAAAUUCUUAAAGGAGUGCGCUGGGGAGCCGCUCUUCAUGCUGUACUGUGCCAUCAAGCAGCAGAUGGAGAAGGGCCCUAUCGAUGCCAUCACAGGGGAGGCACGCUAUUCUCUGAGUGAGGACAAGCUGAUCCGGCAGCAAAUUGAGUACAAAACAUUGAUCCUGAACUGUGUGAACCCCGAUAACGAGAACAGCCCAGAGAUCCCCGUGAAGGUGCUGAACUGCGACACCAUCACACAGGUCAAAGAGAAGAUUCUGGAUGCGGUGUACAAAAACGUCCCCUAUUCCCAAAGGCCAAGGGCUGUCGACAUGGACUUGGAGUGGCGGCAAGGCCGGAUAGCUCGUGUGGUCCUGCAGGAUGAAGACAUCACCACCAAGAUUGAGGGCGACUGGAAGCGGUUAAACACCCUGAUGCAUUAUCAGGUGUCAGACCGCUCUGUGGUGGCACUCGUUCCUAAACAGACCUCCUCUUAUAACAUCCCCGCCUCUGCCAGCAUAUCUCGAACCUCCAUUAGCAGAUACGAUUCAACAUUCCGGUACACCGGCAGCCCAGACAGCCUCCGCUCCAGGGCACCCAUGAUCACCCCUGACCUAGAGAGCGGAGUGAAAGUCUGGCACCUAGUCAAAAACCAUGACCAUGGAGACCAGAAGGAGGGCGACCGAGGCAGUAAGAUGGUGUCUGAGAUCUACCUGACUAGGCUCCUAGCGACAAAGGGUACGCUGCAGAAAUUCGUGGAUGACUUGUUCGAGACCUUGUUCAGUACUGUGCACCGAGGCAGCGCGCUCCCACUGGCCAUAAAAUACAUGUUCGAUUUCCUGGAUGAGCAAGCAGAUAAGCACGGCAUCUACGACACAGAUGUGAGGCACACCUGGAAGAGCAAUUGCCUCCCUCUCCGGUUCUGGGUGAACGUAAUCAAAAACCCCCAGUUUGUGUUCGAUAUCCACAAAGGCAGCAUCACAGACGCCUGCCUCUCUGUCGUCGCCCAGACCUUCAUGGACUCCUGUUCCACCUCAGAGCACCGCCUGGGCAAGGACUCCCCCUCCAACAAAUUGCUCUAUGCCAAGGAUAUCCCCAGCUACAAGAGCUGGGUAGAAAGGUAUUAUGCAGACAUUGCAAAGCUCCCAGCCAUCAGUGACCAGGAUAUGAAUGCCUACCUCGCGGAGCAGUCGCGCCUGCAUGCCAUUGAGUUCAACAUGCUGAGCGCGCUCAAUGAGAUCUACUCUUAUGUCAGCAAGUACAGUGAAGAGAUCAUCGGGGCACUGGAGCAAGAUGAGCAGGCGCGCAGGCAGCGCUUGGCAUACAAAGUAGAACAGCUUAUCUGUGCCAUGUCUAUCGAGAGCUGAAGAAAGGAGAUGGUGCUCCUAGGACCAGGAGAAGGAACUAGUUACUCUUGGGAACGAAGAGUAUGAACAAGCAAGGAAGGCACUGGACCCAUAGAAAUACUGAAACAUCCUCUGGGGGAAGCAGGGAUUGUCCCAGAUAUUAAGUUCAAAAUCAUUUAGAUUCCAGUUUGAAAGGACAGCAAAAAGGACAGUGCAUCUCAAUGCAAAAUAGGGUCAAGCUGGAGUAAUUCCUCAAGUCAUAUGUAUGGAAGGAAGGAACCUGAGAAGUCUGGAUGCCUCCGUGACUGCUACUUUGCAUGAAAAUCAUUUGAUAUAUAUUAGGAAAUAAUGAAAACUGUAUUUAAAGGGUUUAAAAAAAAAAGGGAAAGAAAAAAAUGAAAGCAACCACAGUGGCCACACAGAUAAUUCAGCCAACAAAAUUCAAUUCCAAAUUCUCUCUCUCUCACUCGUCAGUUUCCUGUGGUGUGUGGCUCAGACAUUCUGCGAAUAGACUCCUAUGCUAAUCCGAAAAAUUGGAAAAUGAAAUUAUUCCUGUUCCUGGGAACUUUUAAAAAAUAUGAGCACAAGUUUGCACCAAACCUUUUUACACAAAGGAAGAUAAUAGUUUAGCUGGAAAUAAAUCCAGUGGCACCAGAAAGAACUUGACCUGAAUUACAGAACCAUCAGAUCAUCUAACCUGUUUGUCUUGAAAUCCAGCUUUAUCUGUGUAUUUAUAUAGUGUCAAUAUAUAGAUAUUAUAUAUAUAUUUUUCAAAUCCCACUUACUGUUGAAUGAUGGUGGGUCUGAUUUUAAACAUUUUUCUCUUUUAUUUCCAUUCCAUUUCAACACACAGCUCCACUCCGGUGUAAAGAUUCCGCGGUAUUUUUGUUUGCUGCACUCGUGUUCCUGAAGAAUGUUCUGCCCUUCGUGGCAUUUGAAACUAAGGAAGUCAUAUACUGUUUAAACUGAAAUUGGUGCAUUGUAGGUUUCUACAGGUGCAAUUUAAGCAAAACCAAUUGGCUGAUCUUGUACAGUCGAGCAGAGCUGGGCUGAGACUGACUUAGUUGCUUGGGCUGUUAGUUGACUAGUGUUAUUUUGUUCCAGCCACAAUGUGAUUUCUUGCAGUAAAAAAAACAAACAAACUAAAACCAAUGUUUACAGCAAGUGAUACUUGAAAAGCGUAGACAUAGCGAGAUAACAUAUUUAUUGCUUUUCUGUUUGAGACACUCUUAUACUUACACAUAAGAUCAGGACAGACUCCAAUUGCAUUUUUCUCUCAGCAUAUGCAAGGUCACCCAAAGGUGAAGCAUAGGACUUUUUUUUGUUGUUGUUGGGGAGAGGGAGAAUCUUUACUCACCGUGAGAGAAAGUCCAAAACGACGCACUCCGAGUGCCAGCCAACAUUGUCAUCUUUGUCUCUGUAUCUCAUUGUUAGGUUCAGUUUCUAACUGGCCAAAGCAGCCCAUCUUUUCAUGGACAGCGAAAGGCAAAUGUUUGUGAGUGUCUUUCCUUUAAAAGAAACCAAAGCUUUCCUGUCCCUUUAAAGAGUGCCAAGAGGCGGAUGGAAUGCUGUAAAUAUUUCUCUCUGUAAUAAAUAUUGAUAUUUGUGCAGUCUGCAGUGGGGGAGGAUGAGGUGAUUAGACCUAAUGGAAAUAGAAGUAUCGACCAUAUGAGCCUUGGUGGUUGCAGCAAAAUAGCUACCAGAGUUUGUUUAAUGGAAUCAAAACCAGACUUGAAAAUGCCCAGCCUUAAGUCUCCUUGUGGAGAGGCAGUGUGUGCUAGCCAUGGACUCGCUGCGUGAUCCCAAGCUAGUUGUCAUCUCUCUCUGAUUCUUUCGCCAUCCCUGAAAUGGAGAGAGUACUAAUAAUUUGGGGUGCAUGAGCAUUAGCUAAUGUUUCUGAAUAUAAAGUACUGUUCAAAACCUGGUUGAAGUCAGUGAGGUCAAGAGUGCCCAGUACUUUGCAGGUCUGGGGGCUAAAUCCUGCUGCUACCCAAGCAAAACAAUCUCUCAGCAGCAGGACUCAAUCAAUAUGCUCCCAAAAGAUUAAUAAAGGGUGUGAGAAGUGAAGGGAGGCCCUAUAUUACUGACAUCAGAGAGACUCAUAACCACAGUGUUGGGCAGUAUGAAUCAGCUCUCUUAGUAGAGGAUCAAAUACUUCUCAUCUGCAUUUGCUUAAACAUCAUACAUUGGGAUCUGCCAGCAUGGACCACUCGGCUCAUGCAGAGUCAUGCUGAAGUUGUUGGGACUCCCCCUGGGUGCAAGGAUCCAUACUGAUGGAUCCAUAUGGAAGAUCGGGGCCUUAAUCUGCGCUCAAUCUGUGUCUCAAAGAAAAUUCCAUUUUGAUAACUGCCUGACAACCUGCACCAUUUCAGCAGAAGGGUGUGAGAGGACUGUGUCAAAUUAUUGCUGUGUAGGUUAAGAACACUACAUUAACUACACAGUGAGAGCCCCAGACGGUUAGUUUCUAGUCUAAAUGCAGCCAACAGAGGGGCAGGGGAGGGGAAAAACGUUCAGAGAAGUACUCAGGAAACUUGCUGUUUUAAUUACAAUUCAUUAAAAACCAUGCCAAGUUCACUUUCUACUGAUAAUCCGCCUUUGAGAGUUUCUCUGGGUCCUAUUAAUAGCCUGAAAGAAAUACUAAUGACUGACCCUGCGCAAUAAGCCAAAGCUUUUGACAUUCACAAUAGCCUAAGCUUUGCAACUAGAAGGCUCUGAUUUACUGACAUAUUGGGAGAGCAGGGCAAGGAAAGGAAUCUGAGAAGCAGCACAGAAUACAGGCUGCCCGUUACCAAGAGAGUUCCCUUCUCAGGGACCCUUUGCCUGUAUGGUGAGCCUGAUGUCAAAGAGAGGACAUGUAGAAAUGUCGAGGCUGUCCUGGUAAAGGCCUAACAUCACAGUGUUUUGUGUAGCUGAUAAAUUUAAUACCCAAUCAUUAGAGCAAUUGCUAACCUGACAUGUUUGCUGCUGACAUUACAGAAGAUUGGAGCACAUCACAUUUGUGAUAGCCCCUAAAAAAUUCGGUUCUGACGGGGUGUUUUUGUUUGGUUGUUUUUUGUUGUUCACAAAGGUCCACCAAAUGGUUUAUGUGAAUGUUUUUGAGCCCUGCAAACAAGCUAUGACCAUUGGUUCAGGUAUUCAUAGUUCCCCAAUUGGUCAGCCAAGUCAAAUGGUCUUAUUUUUGCUUUCUGGAUGGCUCCCAAGCACUUCUGUGCUGAAUGCUUACUUGCACCAGACUGACGAUAAGGUUCGAAGACUGUGAAAGCAAAGGCCUGGUUUUUCUUCACCCAGAACGUUAGUGAACGAUAGUUUGCAGUAUCCACUCAACUCUGUGUAGCACCUAAUGGCCCAAAUGCCUUCAUGUCCAUUCAUUUUAAAUCCUUUAUUUAACAAGGCCUACACCACUUUUUCUCCCUGGAAUGGCUGGCUUUUUGCAUCUCCCUGAGCUUUGACUCCUGGCAGGAAACAUCAUACAAACUCUUUGCCCUUCUCUAUGUCCAGUUCCUCAGGUUUUCUUCCUUUGUUGAGUUCUUUUCUCCGGUCAAGGCUGAAAUCCUGAGUGCAUUACAGAGCCUAGAUCCCCUGCACAUCUAUGUAGGUGUGUCUGCCUGAGCAGCUCUCUGCAGAAGAUUUCUUUACCGGAGAAAUACCAUGUCCAUGGUUGUGCGUGGGUGUUUUACCACUCUGCUGGAUGAAAUAUGUCAGUCCUGCCUAGUUGUUUUGUUUUUGUCCCUUAGCAACUCUCUCGCCCUCUGCUGGCUGGUGGCUUGAAAAGAGGCUGUAUAUUAUUCCUAAUCCUGUUGAAAGGUAAAGAAGAUUAGGGAAAAAUUACAGUGAUUACAGGGCCUGGAGGGAUUGAUUUAUGAGGAAGGAUGAAAAGAGCUGAACAUGUAUAACUUGGCUAAGUGAUGAGUAAGGGGAUAAUAUAACUAUCUAUAUUCCUUGAAUACUUGUAAGCACAGAGUAGGGAGAGAAUAUUUGAGGUUAAUAACUAGGGGUAUUUGGAGCCAACUGAGCAAAAGGGGAAAAUGUUUAACUGAUUACCAGGAGCAUUUUUCAAACAGUAAAAUCUGUUAGACUGUGGAAUAGUCUCCCAAGGGAAGCAGCAGAAGCCUCAGUACUUAAAGCAGGUAAAAUGGGACUGGAAUUAGAGGUAUAGUAUAGGGAACACAAGCUGGAGUAGGGAUAGACUAGAUGUGACCUAGCAAGCCUGUUCCAUCUCUACUUUCUAUUAUUCGCCUAUAUAAUGGAAGUUUAAAGGAAGUUUGUGGUAUGAAACAGCCUGUCCCUUUAGGGCAAGGCCCUGGCAGUCUUUGCCCUGUUCUCAGCUUCUUUGUGAGUAAAGCUUCAGAUCUCAAAAUGGUAUUUUCUUUGUACUACAGGCAACUGACUCCAGGUUUGGUUGGUGGGGAGGCACUGAGUUUGCCUUAGAUGAAAUGAUUCCACAUCCAUUUUAGUGCUUCCCUGCACAAGGCCAAACUUGGUUUGGUGUUAUGAGUCACUAGCCUGCUUUGUUUCAAGGGUUUUGACAUCCGAGCAGAAGCUGUCAUUUCUGGAAUUUCUGUGUCUGGUGCUGCUGUUUAAAUAAUUCCAUUUAAUCUUCUGCUCGUGAGCAGUAUCCUGAGCCAUCAAAGAGCCCACUCCAAGGGGUAGCAAAGUGCUAACCAAAUGCCUUUCCACUUUGAAAGCCUUUAUUAAAAAACCCUAUACAAGAGUCCCAGCUUAUCAGCAGGCUUGCGUCUGCUGGGACCUUGUUCUUUAGCACCAAAAUGCUAUGACAGAGAGAUGUGGAGGUCAUAUUGCCUGCUUCUUCCCAUAGAGGGUGGGUAAGGGGAUCUCCCAGUGCUUAAAGUGAAGCAAGAGAAAUCAGAACAGGAAAACUGCUGAAGCCUUCAUAGCGUCUAGCUAUAUUAAGAAUGCCCUGUAGCUAUAUUAAGAACUGUCAUGACAAACAAGCAUUUUAAAUAAACUAGCCACAGCCCUGCUGCUAAUGGGAAACAUUGUAGGCAAAGGGAGAAAAGGGAGAUGUGUGUGACUAACUCACUAUUUUGAAUGUUUAGGAUGCAAAUCUUUUCCUGGUGCUCUGGCAUAAUAGGGCCAUUGCAUGCAGCUGUUCUCCUCCUGUGCCGAUGGAAUCCUUCCUCUCCCUGGCGUGCAAUGCCUGUCCUAUGCAGUCUAAACACCCAGACAACACAACUCCACUUAAAUAAUAUAUUCUAUUGCUAAUAAACAUUUUAAAUGGAUUUUUACCAAAAAUCUCACUACAUUCUCUACAUGUGACAAUUUGGCUGGGAAUGUUGUUUAAGGAUUAGAGUAGAGAGCCUGAGAGUCAGGAUUUCUGGGUUCCAUUCUUGCCUACUGCUGAUUCACAGAGUGACCCUGGACAUGUUGCUUAGGCCUUGGCUACACUUACCAGCUAGUUCGACGGCUGGAAAUCGAAGUUCUGGGUUCGACUUAUCGCGUCUAGUCUGGACGCGAUAAGUCGAACCCAGAAGUGCUUGCCGUCGACUGCGGUACUCCAGCUCGGCGAGAGAAGUACCGCGGAGUCGACGGGAGAGCCUGCCUGCCGCGUGUGGACCAAGGUAAGUUCGAACUAAGGUACUUCGACUUCAGCUACGUUAUUCACGUAGCUGAAGUUGCGUACCUUAGUUCGAAUUAGGGGGGGUAGUGUAGACCAAGCCUAAGAUCCAAGAGUUCAGCAUUAGCUACUGAUUUGGGAUACCUCCGUUUUUGUUGCCCUACAUGAGAUGCACAUAAAGAGUCUGAUUUGCCAGAGACGCUGAGUGCCCACAACUCCAAAAGAGGUGAAGGGAAGCUGGUCUGUGUGCUGCUCUGAUGCCCUCCCAAUUUCAGGAAUUUGACAGGGGUAAAACAUCCUUAAGAAUUAUUCCUGUAACAUUGAUUAUUUUUUUAGCCUACGCCUAGAAUGUUUCCCAUUAGCAGCAGGGUUGUGUUUUCCCCCUGUCGCUGGCAGUUCUCCUUUCAGUUUCCAGUGCUCUCAGUAUUUGCCUGUCAGGAGGACUCAAUUCAGCAGUCUAAAUGAAACAAAAACAGAAUGACUUGAAUGAGCUGGGACAUCAGGGGGAAACUCAAUGGUGACUGCACUCUGGAGAAAAGACAUAAAAAAUGUUCAGAGAAGGAUAAAUAACCAACAUCAAAGAUGCAUUAAAAAUACAGCAAAGCUUCAGUCCUCAUAUUUCAGUAUUUCAUUGUACCAUAAACCUUAAGCCAAUAAUACAGAGAGCUGUGAUGUUGUAUAUAGUUACUUGCUAGAUAAAGCUUGGUGAACAGUCUGAUCUGUAUAUUGAAUGUGUCUUCAGUGAAAACUUGAUCCCCACCCUAAGUACCCUUCAGCCUUUAACCCUUUAUCCCAGGCUUGUCAGGAUCAGCAGGUGAGAGGCACAGGGCUAAUGUAUGUGGUAGCAAAAGGGCCCCGCAAUGUUAAUGCGGAUGGGGCAGCCCCAUUUUUUAGAUUAGAUACUACUUGGGGGAAUCAUUUGGGUUAAAAAUGUAAAGCUAUGCACUGACGUUUCUAAAGGCAACGCUAUUCGGAAGCCACUGGGCUGAAUAACCCAAAAUGCAAAAUCGAAAUGCAGGCCAGUCAGGCUAGUUUUAAAAGGGGGGCAGUUUUUGAAACUGUGAAGGCUUUGAACGUGUUUAUCUCUGUUUAAAAGGCUUCACAGAAGGGAAACGUCACUGUUCAAUUUCCAGUAAGCAAUAGUGCAAGGGACUCCCUUCUGCAAGGGACAUGGUUACCUCUUACCUUCAUAAAGGCUCCCAGUUUGAAAGGAAGACCUUGAUUUUUUUUUUUCUUGCCUCACAAAAAUCCUCCCCUUUCCAACACUCCUGUUCUAGUUCAAGACAAUGUGAGAAGCCAAAUAGUACAAAAAUAGAUGGUGAGCAUUUCUUCCCAAUUAUGUUAAGGACAAACAUCUUAUAUCAAGCUUUCGUAAGCUCUCUACAACCCUUUGUGAUCCCCUCAAUGUUUUAUUGUACCUGCUGGCAAUGGCUCAGAUGUGCGGGGACGUUGUGAUGACAGCUUGGGGAUAAUCUUCAGAAAGAGGUUUCAGAGUAGCAGCCGUGUUAGUCUGUAUCCGCAAAAAGAACAGGAGUACUUAUGCAUCCGAAGAAGUGGGCGGUAGUCCACGAAAGCUUAUGCUCUAAUAAAUUUGUUAGUCUCUAGGGUGCCACAAGUACUCCUGUUCUUUUUUCAGAAAGAGGGUUUUCCUUCAGCAGGUCAAGGUUCCAUUGCAUAUGCAUAUCUUUCUGCUGCAUCAGCAGUAGGUGAGUGGUUAACGCACCCGAGUCUCGUGUGUUCUGCCCCGGUUAGUAACAAACACAGACUGGACUAAACAAGCAGCUCACCACCUUGCGUGGAUAUCUGAGACUCGUCGCUUUGGGGGCUUUACA